UAGCGCCAACGCAACAAGAAACGAUAUUUUCAGUGCAGAAGAAGAAUAGUGAGUCAACUCAGUGGCAUGAGGUCUCCUUCAUUAUCAUAUGAUCCCCUAUUUAAAAUCCAAUCACCCCAAAGCCUACGCUGCCCUCAAGGAUCUCCGCUCCUUCCUCUCUUCACUUGCAAUGGCUGAUGAUUCCUCCUCCUCCGCCGAUCCUCCGCCGCCUUUUGAUCCUCUCAUCCCGGCCACUCCUCUCUCCUACCCGCUGCAGACGCUCGAGGAAUUGGAGUCCCGAGCCUACUUCAGUUCCUUCCAUUUCCCCUUCAACAAGGCCUCCGUCAAGCUCCCUGCCGCCGCCGCCUUGCCGAGCCGGCCGCGGACUCUGGUCUGCCAUGACAUGGCGGGAGGCUACACGGAUGACAGGCUCGUGCAGGGAGGGGCCAACGCCGAUGCGUUUGCGAUAUGGCAUUGGUAUUUGAUCGAUGUUUUUGUUUACUUCUCGCAUAAUCUGGUGACUCUGCCGCCGCCGUGCUGGACUAAUACUGCUCAUAGGCACGGCGUUAAGGUAUUAGGGACUUUUAUCAUGGAAUGGGAUGAAGGGAAAAUACGUGCUGAUAAUCUGUUAGCUUCAAAGGAUUCUGUUCGAAUGUAUGCUGACCGACUGACAGAGCUUGCUGUUGCUCUAGGCUUUGAUGGUUGGCUGAUCAAUAUGGAAGUCAAUUUGGAUCUCGGACAAAUCCCGAACCUGAAAGAAUUCAUCAGCUAUUUAAGCCAGACCAUGCACUCCUCGCUGCCUGGGUCUUUGGUUAUAUGGUAUGAUAGCGUCACUGUUGAUGGUGAUCUUAACUGGCAGAAUCAACUAAAUGACAAAAACAAGCCAUUCUUUGAUUUAUGUGAUGGCAUUUUUGUGAACUAUUCAUGGGAGGAAGAUUUUCCUAAGCAGUCGGCUGAGGUUGCAGCUGACAGAAAUUUUGAUGUUUACAUGGGCAUUGAUGUCUUCGGAAGGGGCACGUAUGGCGGCGGACAGUGGACUACAAAUGUUGCUCUUGAUGUGAUAAAGAAGGCCGACGUUUCAGCAGCAAUAUUUGCACCUGGAUGGGUCUAUGAGACGAAACAACCACCUGACUUUCAAACUGCUCAAAAUCGAUGGUGGGGACUGGUUGAAAAAUCAUGGGGAAUUGUCCAGAACUACCCAAAAGUGCUUCCAUUCUACUCGAAUUUCAAUCAGGGUCAUGGUUACCACAUAUAUGCUGAUGGGAAGCAAAUUUCCAGCAAUCAAUGGAAUGACCUCUCGUCCCAAAGCUUUCAGCCUUUCCUUGCGUACUCUGGAGACUCUAAGACUGAGCCGAUCCAAGUCUCAAUUGAUUUCAAAGGAGCAUCUUACAGCGGGGGAGGAAGUAUCACAUUUGUAGGAACUCUCGAUGAUAAAGCUGAAUUUAGAGCGCGUCUCUUUCACGGAGAGCUACCUUUGCGGAACUCACCAGUACACUUCACAUAUUCUGUUAAAUCAAAUGGGAACUCUCUCCUAGGCCUCGCUCUUGGUUUCUCUUCUGCCAGCAACGAGAAAAAGACAGUACUUCUUGCUGCAUCAGGAAAUACCUUGCUAACCAUGACCCAGUUCUCAAGCCGUUUCACUAGUGUUGUGAUGCCACGACGAGUGACCAAGCUGGAUCAAGAACCCGGAUGGAUCAUUCAAGAAAGCAGCAUCAACAUGGCUGGACACAUAUUGACAGAAAUCCAGGCCCUAUGCUACAGACCAAAGCCAGAAAGGUCUGCUGCUGAUUACGUACUUUCUCGUGCUCCAUCAGAAUACUACGCAGUACUCGGAGACCUUAAGAUCUCUGCAGAUGGUGAGAAUACAAAUUUCCCCCCAUCGGAUUCGUGGAACGUUUCUAGCGAAUUCGUGAGUUGGACUUCCGGUUCACAAGGGUCCAAGAACCUCAGUGUCAAAAUCAUUUGGCAACUCAAAGCUGGUUAUGCUGAUCUUUUCCUAAAUUACAACAUAUUCGUUGAGAAGCUCAAUAGCCCAUCAUCUGGGACCCAGAGUCGACUAUCUGAAGUAGCUCACGAGUAUCUUGGGGAGGCGGCCGUGAAAUCCUUUUACAUAUCUGACCUCGAAGUCCCUUCGGGUACUUCUUUUCUGAAGUUCAUAAUUCAGGUGCGUGGACUUGAUGGCACUUCUCAAAAGCUUGAAGAUGCCCCAUUUCUGCAACUGAAAGUUGAGGGUUGAUAAAAUUUAAAUUAUUCUCACGUUGCUUAUUUCCAUUUUACAAUAAGUUGAGGGUUGAACUUUUAUUGUUGUUGUAGUAUAUUAAAGUUAUAGCUAUUGAUGUUCUAACCUGAAUGGUUUUCACUAUUCAGUUACACAUCCAAUUGUAACAUUAAAAGAUAAAGCAGGUUAAAUGGAUUCAAGCAACUUUUUAUUUA